GGUAUUCCUGUGUGGACGCCAUGGCUGCCCUGUGCCUUCUACUCCUUGCUUCUGUGCUGGUCUUGGCUGCCUCAGGCCACUCUAUGCAUAUACAAGCACUAAAAAUCUUCAAGAAAUCUCCUUUCAACACUUCGGCGAGUGCUCUGAAGAAAACCAGUUGGCCCAAGGACUGCAGCGAGAUCCCUGCUGGCAGCCCCAGCGGCAUCUACGUCAUCCAGCCCGCAGGCCUGCACCCCAUCGUGGUGUCCUGCGAGAUGAAUGUGACAGACGGGGGCUGGACGGUCAUCCAGAGGAACCGGCAGAGCACAGAGAUCACCUGGGCCGAGUCCUGGAGCACCUACAAGUACGGCUUUGGGAACGUGCACACCGAGUACUGGCUGGGCACCGAGUACAUCCAUCACAUCUCCAAGCAGAAGGUCUACCAGGUCAGGUUUGUCAUCUGGGAUGCCACAAACGCCACCAAGUUCGCCGACUACAACCUCUUCAGUGUGGAAGAUGAGUCCCAGGGCUACCGGCUGAGGCUGGGAGCGUACUCAGGGACAGCAGGGGAUGCCAUGGACUCAGACAAUCCCAGGAAUGUGCACAACAACAUGAAGUUCUCUGCAAAAGAUCUGGAUCAGGACACUUACAGAGGGAACUGUGCCUACCGCUCUGGGGGUGGGUGGUGGUACUCGGCGUGUUAUUCUGUACGGCUGAAUGUCAAGGGGAGCAUAACGUGGGGCAGCCUGUGCAAUGGGAACUGCAAAGCUUCUGCCAUCCUCAUCAAACCAGCUCUGUACCAUUAGUACUCUUUCCCCCUCCUGUCUUUUACUGGGCACAUGGCCAGACCAGUGCCCUGCUGGGGCCCAGUUUGCUGGCUGGGGAGCAGAGGGGUGAAUAGCUUUAUUCAAGUAUAUCAAGAGCUGUUUACUUUUCUUCUUCUCUUGAAAAUCAGCAAAGCUCCCUGCUUUGUCUCUGUCCUUCCACCUGUGGGAGGUUUUUAGGGAUCAUUAUUAGAAUAAGGCUUUAUAAAUGCUGCAGUUUCCAAGCAUGUUCCUUCUGGGAAGAAAACUGUGCUCAGAAACCUAAAACCCUCCUGGUCCA